AUGUCUUACGGAAGUAUUGACGAACCUUUGAUUUUACACGCAGCCAUAAAUGUUCCACAUUUGGGUUUAGUGUUUCACAGUUCACCCAAAGCAACGAACAAACAACAAACACAAUCGGCUCGUUCGAAUUUUGAAAAAUUGGUGAUGGUCCGCUCUACUGAUUCAUCACUUUCAAAACAAUCGUUUUAUGAUGGUGAUUAUAUGGUUCACGUCUUGUCCAAAAGUGGAAAAAUGUAUUUGUGCUAUGCUUCAAAGACGACAAAAUUGAGAGUUGUUUAUAACAUGUUAGAUGAUUUGGAUUUAGAAUUGGCUAAAAUUCCAAGAUUGGCAAAUGCUAAUAAGAAUGAUAUUUUGAAAGUACUUAAAGAUAUGGUGAACUAUUACAAUGAUCCACAAAAUGACAAGAUUACCAAACUGCAACAACAAAUCGAUAUCAAUAUUUCCAAGAUGAUUGAAAAUCUUGAUAAAAUUCUUGCCAAUCGUGACCAAUUCGAUCAUUUGAUUACACAAACAGAAGAUCUCAAGGAAAACGCAGGUCUUUUCGAAAAAGGAGGUAAAAAGUUGAAGAGAAACAUGCAAUUCAGAAUGAUCCUUAUCAUUACAAUUAUUACCAUCAUUUGUUUGGUCGUGUUGGGGAUUGCAAUUCUGUUAAUUGCAUUAAAGAUUGCUGGAAAGAUUUAG